AUGUUUCAAGAAGAAGGGUCAUCUUCUGUAACUUCUUCACCUCUUCAGUUCUUUUCCAUGAUGUCUCUUUCACCUGGCAUAGGAUCUCCCUAUCCUUGGCUUAGAGAACUGAAAUCUGAGGAAAGGGGUUUGUAUUUGAUCCAUUUGUUGAUCGGUUGUGCAAAUCAUGUGGCUAAUGGUAGUCUUGAAAAUGCAAACGUGUUACUUGAGCAGAUUUCUCAGCUUGCCUCGCCUGACGGGGAUACUAUACAGCGAGUUGCUGCAUAUUUCACCGAAGCACUCGCUGAUAGGAUACUGAAAACAUGGCCGGGCCUCCACAGGGCUCUCAAUUCCACCAGAAUAGCUAUGGUGUCUGAAGAAAUUAUUGUUCAGAAGCUCUUCUUUGACCUUUUCCCGUUCUUGAAGAUGUCAUAUAUUCUGACAAAUCAGACUAUUGUUGAAGCCAUGGAAGGGGAGAAAAUGGUGCAUAUCAUUGAUCUCAAUGCGGCCUGGCCGGCGCAGUGGGUUGCUCUCCUCCAUGUUCUGAGUGCACGCCCUGAAGGUCCUCCCCAUUUGAGAAUUACUGGGGUGCAUCACCACAAAGAGGUUUUGGAUCAGAUGGCUCAUAAACUCACUGAAGAGGCAGAAAAGUUGGAUAUCGCAUUCCAAUUCAACCCUAUGGUAAGCAAGAUAGAAAAUCUAGAUUUUGACAAACUUCGCGUAAAAACUGGGGAGGCACUAGCAAUAAGUUCUAUUCUGCAGUUACACUCCCUUCUGGCCUUGGAUGAUGAUGCCUCGAGGAGAAGAUCUCCUCUUCCGUCAAACAAUUCAAAUGCAAUUCACCUGCAGAAAAUCCUGCAGAUGAACCCAAACACACGCGGUGACUUGGUUGAAAAGGAUAUGGUUCAUGGCUAUAGCCCAAGUCCAGAUUCAGCCUCAGCCUCGUCCUCCCCCGGUUCUUCAUAUGCGUCAAUGAAGUCGGAGAGCUUUCUCAAUGCCUUGUGGGGGCUAUCACCAAAGGUCAUGGUUGUGACUGAGCAAGACUUCAAUCACAACAGUUCAAACCUGAUGGACAGGCUGCUAGAAUCUCUAAACUCUUAUGCUGCUUUGUUUGACUGUUUGGAAUGCUCUGUCUCUAGAGCAUCCUUGGACAGAAUCAAGAUCGAGAAGAUGCUCUUAGGUGAGGAAAUCAAGAACAUCGUAGCUUGUGAGGGAGCUGAAAGAAGGGAAAGGCAUGAAAAGAUGGAUAAGUGGAUCCAGAGACUUGAUCUAUCCGGCUUUGCAAACAUGCCUUUAAGCUGUCAAGGUAUUGUGCAGGCAAUGAGGUUCUUGGAGAGCUAUGGUUGUAAUGGGUAUAGGAUGAGGGAGGAAAAUGGUUGUGUAGUGAUUUACUGGCAGGACCGUACCUUGUUUUCUGUGACAGCUUGGAGAUCAAGGAGGUAA